AAAUAUAUAAUUCAUCACCUGGGUCAAUACAAGAGAUAAUGCUUGGGCUUAUCGUCUCUCUGUAGUCUCUCCUUUUCUGAAAACUUGAUCCGCCCUCGAUAUUGACCAUUGAAGAGAAGUGCUAGAGUUCAUCCCCCCUCUCCUUCCCAUCCUUUGGGAUUUUACAGGAGAAAAGAACCCUUGCGGUUUCGGUUGUUCCCAAGUUAUAUCUGUAUCUUCGUAAAAUUCUUGUGAUUUGGUGGUUUCGUUCGGGAAAUGAUGAUGAUGUUUGAUGAAAUGGGAUUUUGUGGUGAUUUGGAUUUUAUAUCUGCAACUCCUGGGGGAGAAGUGGCCAUCCCACAGGCUGAAACUGAGGCCACUAUGGAGGAUGAUUAUACUGAUGACGAGAUUGAUGUGGAUGAGCUUGAGAGAAGGAUGUGGAGAGAUAAAAUGCGACUCAAAAGACUCAAAGAACAGACGACUAAGGGUGGUAAGGAUGUGAUUGUCACCGCAAAGCAGAGGCAGUCUCAAGAGCAGGCAAGGAGGAAGAAGAUGUCGAGGGCCCAAGAUGGGAUUUUAAAGUACAUGUUGAAGAUGAUGGAAGUUUGUAAAGCUCAAGGCUUUGUCUAUGGUAUUAUUCCAGAGAAGGGCAAACCAGUCACAGGGGCAUCGGACAAUCUUCGUGAAUGGUGGAAGGAUAAAGUCAGGUUUGACCGUAAUGGACCAGCAGCUAUAUCCAAGUACCAAGCUGAUAAUGCGGUUCCUGGCAGGAACGAUGGGUGCAACCCAAUUGGUCCGACCCCUCACACCUUGCAAGAGCUUCAAGACACUACUCUGGGUUCUCUCUUGUCAGCACUUAUGCAGCACUGUGAUCCUCCACAGAGGCGAUUUCCUUUAGAGAAAGGUGUUCCACCACCGUGGUGGCCUUCUGGAAAUGAGGAAUGGUGGCCUGAACUUGGUUUGCCUAAGGAUCAGGGUCCUCCACCAUACAAGAAGCCACAUGACUUGAAAAAGGCAUGGAAGGUGGGUGUUCUCACCGCAGUUAUUAAGCAUAUGUCUCCUGAUAUUGCCAAGAUUCGUAAGCUUGUGAGGCAAUCUAAAUGCUUGCAAGACAAGAUGACUGCUAAGGAGAGCUCUACCUGGCUAGCCAUCAUCAACCAAGAAGAGUGCCUGGCUCGAGAGCUUUACCCCAAUUCUUGCCCCCCUUUGUCUUCAGCUGGGGCUAGUGGAUCUUUGGUGGUUAAUGAUUGCAGUGAGUAUGAUGUUGAAGGGGCUGAAGAUGAGCCAAACUUUGAUGUGCAGGAGUGCAAGCCUGAUAAUCUUCAUUCAUUGAAUUUUGGGAUGGAAACAAUGAGGGAGAGGCUUCAAGUCCAUCAACCCACUUCCUUUCCAGUUAAAGGAGAAGUCAUCACCAACUUAGAGUGCAUGAGGAAAAGGAAGCCUUCAAGCGAUCUAAAUAUGGUCGUGGAUCAGAAGAUCUACACCUGUGAGUUCGUUCAGUGUCCUUACAGCGAAUUCCAUCAUGGUUUUCAUGACAGAACAUCCAGGGACAACCAUCAAUUGAGUUGCCCAUUCAGUAACAGGUCUUCUGAGUUUGGGGCACCUAAUCUCCUUGUUAAUGAGAUUAAGCCAAUCAUUUUCCCCCAUUCCUUUGUCCAAAACAAGGCAGCAACUAGCUCCACCAAGCCAGUGCCACCUUCCUUUGAUCUAUCAGCCGGAGUUCCAGAGGAUGGGCAGAAAAUGAUCAGUGAUCUUAUGUCAUUCUACGAUUGUAAUGUUCAAGGUGACAAGAAUGCAAAUCCAAACAGCCUUGUGACAAACGUGAAGAAUUUUUCUCAACCUAAUGUUGCACAUCAACAGGAUGAAUACUUCCGUGGUCAAGGAGUUCGGUUGGAUGGGAACUUCUUUGAAGAAUCCAACAUCUCCAGUAAUCAUCACGUGUUUACUCGAGAGGAAGGUCAGUUCGACCAGUUUAAGGUUACGAGUUCUCCAUUUGAGACCAACCAUAAUAGUAACUUCCCCAUGAUGUUUGGGUCGUCAUUUGACUUGGCCUCUUUUGAUUAUAAAGAAGAUCUACAAGGUUUGGCAUUGCCAAUGGAGAAGCCGGUGGAGACUUCAAUCUGGUUCCAGUGAAAAGGAAAAUUAUGCAGAAUAUCUAGCCCGCAUCUGCACAGGACUCGAGUUAGAUUGGUGCUACAUAUUUGUUACGAUUUCAUAUGAAUUCUGGUAAGAAUGAAUCAAGGUCAACAGUGAACAGCCUUACAGCCUUACACGGAUGGAAUGAGCAGGCCAAUAAUGCAAAAAGGGGGAAGGGUUGUAUAAGCCUGCCCUUUUGUUAAUUAUAGAUAUGAAUAUUAACUGUGAUAUAAAUAAGUAGGUUGGUUUGUUUAACUUUCUGUUUAUUUUUCCUUCUUUCUAUUCAGAUCAACCAUGGUGAUGGUUAGAAAUCUGAGUUUGUUGUCAUUGUCCUCUUGUAAGGCUGUCAUGUAAUGUAAUAGGUUCCCCAGAUUGAUUGAAUUAUCUUUAAUGUAAUGGGGUUCCCAACUAUGGUCAUGUAAUGUUAUGGAUUAUUCUCAGAGUAGUUGACUCGUCUUUAAUGGUGCUUAUCUCUUUUGCAA